AUGCCGACGGACUCAACGGACGUCGGAGUCACACGGUUUAAAAUUGAAAAGGGGUUGCUCAGUAAAAUCCCUGGCCCUGUACCUCUCUCCCCAUCGGUGCAGCGUUCUUUGGCACUGGCCCCACUCUCGCAUGUUUCGCCUGAAUUCGUGAAAAUUUUUCAGGAAUCUUUGCAUAUGACAAGAAAAGUUGUGCAUACGAACUCCUCUUCAACGGCUUUCAUUCUAGCCGGUAGUGGCACAUUUGGGUGGGAUCAAGUCGGUGCCAAUCUGAUAGAAACAGGUGAUAGGGUGCUGGUCAUCCAUACUGGUUAUUUUGGUGAAGGGUUCAAAGACUGCUUGGAGACAUAUGGCGCGAAAGUGGACGUCGUGAAGUCCGUACUGGGCGGCACAGUACCCAUAAAUGAGAUCGAGAAAGCACUCCGCACAGCAGGGUCUCAGCCGUACAAAUUGGUCACCAUUACACAUGUCGACACGUCAACUGGUGUUCUUUCAGAUGCACGCUCUAUUGCAGCUUCUGUAAGGCGUAUCAGUCCCAGUACUUUGGUCGUUUUGGAUGCGGUGUGCUCGCUUGCUUCGGAAGAUGUACAAAUGGAUGCUUGGGGACUGGAUGUUGUUCUUUCUGCCAGCCAGAAAGGUUUGGGUGCUCCCCCUGGGCUCAGCAUUCUUGUUGCCAGUCAACGUACGGUUUCUGGUUUUGAAGAUAGGAUCAAACGUGGUGUAAAGUCUGGUUCUUACUAUUCGAGUUGGCAAAAAUGGCUUCCAAUCAUGCGUGCUUAUGAUCAAAACAAGCCCGCCUAUUUCGGCACUCCUGCUGUUAAUCUAGUCCGCGCCUAUCAUGCGUCCCUUCUCGAAAUUACAGAUGGACCAAUCACAUUACCUCAGCGUCUCGCUUUACACAGAGCUGCCAGCGACUUAGUCAAAAAAGCUGGGGAAGCCUUGGGUAUGAUCCAAGUUGCCCACGAACCCAAUGGUCGGGCUCACGGCAUGACCGCCCUCUACGUUCCAAACAUCAAAGGUCUUUCACUUACAGCCGCGGACAUUUUGGCAUGUGUUGGGAAGCGCGGCGUGGUUAUGGCAGGGGGGCUCGUGGCGGAGGUCAAAGAGAAAUAUAUUAGGAUCGGCCAUAUGGGUUGGAGUGUGGUGGGUGGCAAUGGUAAGGACGUGCAGUUUGUCGUGAAAGUAUUGGAAGAGGCCGUGAAAGAGGCAAUCGAAAUCAGCAGGAAGAAAACUUCGACCGUAUCAGCACGUCUGUGA